UCUGGUUUAACUUUGUUCUGCUUUUCCCCCGCCUCAGAAAUCCCCGACCCCAGCAGCUGGACCCUGAACCCCUCAGCCUCCUACGUGUACUACUGCUGCAACGAGACGGUGCACGGCGUGGAGUACAACUUCACCCCCGAAACUAACGGGGUGACCCUUGUCAGCGACAUGUCCUCUAACUUCCUGUCCCGACCUGUGGAUGUGUCAAAGUUUGGGCUGAUUUUCGCCGGAGCCCAGAAGAACGUGGGUUGUGCCGGGGUGACUGUGGUGAUCGUGCGGGAGGACCUGCUAGGCCACGCUCUGAACGAUUGUCCCAUUGUGCUGAACUACAAGGUGCAGGCUGACAUGAACUCCCUCUACAACACACCGCCAUGUUUCAGCAUCUACAUCAUGGGUCUGGUUCUGGAGUGGAUCAAGAACAAUGGCGGCAGCGCUGCUAUGGAGGCCCUCAACAAGCAGAAGUCCUCCAUGAUUUACGACAUCAUCAACGCCUCUAACGGUUUCUAUGAGUGUCCUGUUGAUGAAACCUGUCGAAGCCGCAUGAAUGUACCAUUUCACAUCGGGAGUAAAGAGGGGGAUGAAGGCUUGGAGAAGGAGUUUCUGGCUGGUGCUUCAAAGCGUGGAAUGAUAUCACUUAAAGGACACAGGUCAGUUGGAGGAAUUCGGGCCUCUCUUUACAACGCUGUCACACUGGAGGACGCUGAAGCCCUGGGCACCUAUAUGAAAGUAUUCAUGAAAGAGCACUAAUAAGUCGGCUAUGCUUACAUUUAGCUGAUAUGGCACACAGCAGUACAUUACUCCAGUACCUCUGGUUUAUCUGUAGUUGAGAUCCAUGUUGGAUCUGGAAGGUGCACCUUUAGACAUGUUUUGUAUAACCCUUUCGUUAUUAAUAACUCCUGUUGCCAGUUAUUUCUUAAUUCCAUCUGUUAUUAUUUUAAUGAACAUGUUGACUAACAGUGCGUUGAUGUACAUACUUUAGGUAAUUCUUGUUACUUGUUCAAAUUGUAUUAACAUUCCAGUAAAUCGAAUUUGGCAAUACUGACA